GAAGAAAUGGGAUGCCAUCCUGAACCAGUACACCCAGGGCUACCUGGAGAAAGAGUGUGUGGACUGACUCACCAAAUUCAUGGAGUACGGAAAAGAAACACUGAGAAAACACUCUCCUCCUAAAGUUUAUGCCUUUGCUAAGAAAUCUGUACGAGACUCGAGAAAGCUGACCCUGACCUGCCUGGCUACGGGAUUCUACCACAAAGACGUGGUGAUGAGCGUGAGGAAGUUCGGCACUUCAUUUCCUGAACAUCUGAUCACAUCUUCUGCAGUCAGACCCAAUGAUGAUGGAACCUACCAGCUGAGGAAGAGUGUGGAGAUACAGGAAGAUGAUUCAGCAGAUUUUCAUUGUUACGUGUCUCACAGCUCCCUCAAAGAACCAAUCAUUGUACAAUGGGACAAGACGAACAACAUAAAAUCGAAGAACGAUGCGGGUUCUGUUACUGCAGGGAUUAUAGCAGGUGUUCUGCUCAUCAUCUCCAUCAUCAUCAUCGGUGUCUGUUUCCUUAAGAAAAUUAUAAGUGGUGAGAAGGUCCUUUUUUCAUGCCCUACAAAAAAAAGCCUCCCAGGUAACGGAGAGAGUAAUAGGGCAACAUGAGUCUGAGAAUGUCAGGUGUGGUGCAGGAAGGAGACAUGGAGAGUAGAUGCAAAUGCGAGUAUUUAUUAACUAAACUUGGAACAAACUUGAAGCCAAAUACAUGACACUAACAAGUAAACACGAGAUCUAGACACGAGACUGACCUAGACAUACAUCGCACAAGAACCGACAAAGGAAACAGGAAACACAAGGCUAUGAAUACACACACAAGGUAGGAAAGGAAACAGGGGGCGGAGCUACAGAUGAAACAGUGAGAAACACAGGACUGGGAGGAACCAGAGACUGUAGAAAAGAUGGACGCUGUGUCGCCGUUCCCAUUCAUUCAAUGAAAAUGAAGCCAAAAUCUUCCUACACCUUGGCGAUCCUGGAACCUGAUUCUGCGCAGUAGAGACCAGAGGAGGGAGAAAGACUGUGGAGAGACAGCCUACUCAUUUAAAUAACCCCGCCCCUGAGGGCUGCCUCGAGGUCACAGGCUGCAGAGCGGAGCUGACGGUCUGUUAUUGGUCCCGCCCAUAACCAGCCCUUUUACAAUAACCACACCUUUUUGAAUAGAGCUGAAUAACGUUUUAAAAACCGGAUUCUGUGGGGAUAUAAAAAUUUAACAAUAUAAGCAGAGGUUACACUAGCUGCUGCAUUUAAAUAAUGGAGGUAGAAUUACAGUAUAUUAGAAAAAAACGUGAUUGAAAGUUGUUCUGUUUUGCAAUUAAAACCUAUGGGGAUGGGUGGGGUUACACAGCUUUCUGCAACCGAACAGCAGGGGGCGCCCAACCUGUGGUGGCUUCACUUUUGAGAGCCCUGUGGGACUCCUUUUGUUAUGGGCUGUAGGUCUGAUUUAUGGUUACCAAUAGACACACAUUGCUUCCUGUCAGAAAGGUAAUCCUGGGCCCACAGGAUUGCAUUAUUGCUAAAAACAAUAUUAUGUAAAGAACCUAGUAGUAGAUCAUGAUCAACAGUCUCAAAAGCUUUUGUGAGAUCAAUAAAAAUGGCAGCACAGUACUUCUUCUUGUCUAGGGCCAUGUAUAGAUCAUUUUAAACCAGUGUGGUUGCAGAGAUGGUACUAUGUAUUUCUCUAAAUCCAGAUUGAUAUUUAUACAGGAUAGAGUUUUCAUAAAGAAAAUACUUGAGCUGGUUAUUCACUAAGGAUUCUAAAAAUACUUGAUUUUAGCGAUCUAUAGUGCACUAGUUAAUUGCGCUUUGCACAACUGGAUUUAGGGGCGUGGUAUCCUGAGGGCACAAAAAAUAUGCAGCUCCGAUGUUAAAUAAACCAAUCAGUGUGCCAGAAUUAAUUCCCUUUAAGUCCCUUUAUGUAAAAACUGUGUUUGCAACACUGGAUAAUAAUCAACCGUUAUUUACAGGGGGGACCCUCCUUUUCAAUGCUGCUGAGCAUUUACAGUCAAAAGGGAUUAAAAUAUGUAUAUAAAAAAAGAACUAAUUUGAUCAAUAAAAAAAAAAAAAAAAAAAAAGAAUAUAAUAUAAACAGAGGCAGUCCCGCAAUGUCCAACUCUAUUUUAAGGACAUGUGUGCAAGGAUUUUUUUAUAUUGUACUUUGAAUUUUAUUGAGUACUGUUUUCAUUAUUAAAU